ACAUAACUGAGAAAAACAAACUAAAAAAAAUACAAUAUAUACAACUUUUUUUACACAUUUAAACGUAUCCCUCUCCUCCUUUCUUACGCACCGAAUCGUGCCACAGCGCUGCAAGUUGAAUCUGCAGCAGGUAAACUCUCAGCCAGUACCCACAAUGCCCUACGCUAGCUCUCUAGCCAUAGCAGAGCAGCCUGACUGCGAGCAAAAACAACAACAGGCUACUUUGCAAAGAAAGGCAGCUGCAUGGAUAGCGACAACAACAACGACCACCACCAGGACUCCCCGCAUGCAAUCACAUUCCUGCAAACCAAAUGCAACUUAGCCUUAUAAUCAGUGGCUGCAGCAGCGGUGCCAUGAACAGUGGACUUCCACCUUCAGCUGCUCCGCUCGGGGGUGCCGGGAUACCCAAUGUCAAGGUGAAGUUUUGCCGAUAUUACGCGAAAGACAAAACCUGCUUCUAUGGAGACGAGUGUCAAUUCCUGCACGAGGAUCCGUCCAUUGCGAGCCUGCCGCUGCACGGCGGUGGUGGUGGCGGUGGAGGAGGAGGAGGUGGUGGAGGAGGUAGCCCCGUCCCCUUAUCCAUGGCUGGAGGUGGAGGGACUCCGGCGGGGUAUUCAAUCGGCGGUUCCUCCGCGGCCUGUCCGGGUAGUGGAGGGACCGGUGUGUCCAAGAAGAACGAAACCUUGGGGCCUGCGAGCACGUCUCUGGAGGGACAGCUGUUAGCCAUCCCGGGGAUUGAGGGCGCAACCCUGAGCGAUGCCAAUCUCACCAACUCUUACUUCAGCAGCAGCUUUAUUGGGGUCAAUGGGUUUGGAAGCCCAGCAGAGUCGAAAUACUCAAUGAUGCAGCGAAUGACGACCAGCAGCAGCUCUCCCAGUCUCCUAAACGACGGUGCCAAGAACUUCAGCCACAACGCACACGAUCCAGUGAACUCACCGACAUCCUCACUGUUCAGUGAUUUUGGUGCUCUUAGCAUUUCCCAAAGGAGGAAGGCUCCAAACCCGGCAGCAAGCGAGUUCAUCCCUAAGGGAGCUCCACGUAUGGCCACCAUGGCUCAAUCCACUGUCCAGGCUUUCCCCUCGCCUAUCUUUGCACAUCCUGGUCUCAGCAGCUCCACAGCUGCUGCUCUGGCUCCAGGCAUGUCAUUGUCAGCAGGAUCUUCUCCUCUCCACUCCCCAAAAAUAACACCUCACACCUCACCUGCUCCUCGACGGCGCAGUCACACCCCAAACCCUGCCAACUACAUGGUUCCCACCACUGCAUCCGACCCGGGCACACACAUUAUCCAGAAAGAGACUGUAGGAGGGACCACCUACUUUUACACGGACAACACCCCUGCGCCGAUGGCUGGGAUGGUGUUUCCUACCUAUCAUAUCUACCCCCCCUCCGCGCCUCAUGUGGCUUACAUGCAGCCAAAAGCCAAUGCCCCGUCCUUCUUCAUGGCUGAUGAGCUCCGACAGGAGCUGAUAAACAGACAUCUGAUAACCAUGGCCCAAAUUGACCACUCAGAGAACCCAGAUGUACCAUCUGAUGUGGACAGCUACCACAGCUUGUUCCCCCUCGAGCCCCUUCCACCACCAAAUCGCAUGCAGAAGACCAGCAACUUCAGCUAUAUCACAUCCUGCUACAAGGCAGUCAACAGCAAGGACGACCUGCCUUACUGCCUGAGGAGGAUACAUGGUUUUCGCCUUGUCAACACCAAGUGCAUGAUGCUGGUGGACAUGUGGAAGAAGAUCCAGCACUCAAACUCUGUAACCCUGAGGGAGGUCUUCACCACAAAGGCCUUUGGAGACCACUCGUUGGUGUUCUCUUAUGACUUCCACGCCGGUGCAGAAACCAUGUUUAGCAGACAUUUCAAUGACCCAGCAGCAGACUCGUACUUCACCAAGAGGAAGUGGGGGCAACAUGAACCUCCCCCACCACGGCAGCAUGCAGGUCUGCUCCCCGAGUCUCUGAUCUGGGCCUACAUCGUCCAGCUCAGCUCGGCCCUGCGCACCAUCCACACCGCGGGGCUGGCCUGUCGUGUCAUGGACCCCAGCAAGAUUCUCAUUACUGGCAAGACCAGGUUACGGGUGAACUGCGUUGGGGUGUUUGAUGUCUUAACAUUUGACAACAGUCAGACCAAUCAUCUUGCCCUGAUGCCACAGUACCAGCAAGCAGAUUUAGUGUCGUUGGGCAAGGUGGUGCUGGCGUUGGCGUGUAACUCCCUGGCUGGAAUUCAAAGGGAAAACCUGCAGAAGGCCAUGGAGCUGGUGUCCAUCAACUACUCUUCAGACCUCAAGAACCUCAUUCUAUAUCUGCUGACCGAACAGUCCCGCCUGCGCAGCGUCAACGACAUCAUGCCGAUGAUCGGAGCACGAUUCUACACACAGCUGGAUGCGUCGCAGAUGAGGAAUGACGUCAUUGAGGAGGACCUGGCCAAGGAAGUCCAAAACGGUCGUCUCUUCCGUCUCUUGGCCAAACUGGGCACCAUAAACGAGAGACCAGAGUUUCAGAAGGACCCGACGUGGUCGGAGACGGGCGACCGCUACUUGUUGAAGCUUUUCCGGGAUCACCUGUUUCACCAGGUGACGGAAGCGGGGACGCCCUGGAUUGACCUCAGCCACAUUGUCUCCUGCCUCAACAAACUGGACGCGGGCGUUCCUGAGAAGAUCAGCCUGGUGUCUCGGGAUGAAAAAAGUGUCCUGGUUGUGACCUACUCGGACCUGAAGCGCUGCUUCGACAGUACCUUCCAGGAGCUGCAAGCCGCUGCUUCCGGCUCUCUGUAGCGCCCUCUUGGGGUCCGGGGAGGGGCCCGCCCUUACCUGGAGCACACUAUUGCACUACAGCGGAGGACCAGGCUCGUACAGACGACAUCAGCAUGGCGAAGGCAGCGGGGCAGGGCUUCGUGAACCUCAGUCACAUACACUGACCCUGUCCACCAGGAAGGCUUUUCUAAAGUGUAUUUUUUUUAGUUUUCCUAAACCCCGCAGCUGAAAAUCAAAAAAACAAAAGGAAAAAAAACAAACAAAAAAAAGGACAAAUGUGGAAGCUGUGACGAACGAGUAUGGUGACAUUUUUUUAGAUUUUUGGGGAACAAAACGAGAGACAAAACAAGAUUUUGAAAAAAAAUUUCCUGCUUUUAUUGUUUAUUUCUACAGUUGGGGUUUAUUUUUCUGAGGAGGAUGCACUAAGAUUUUAAUUUUUUUGUUAAUUUUUUGUUAUUUUUAUGAAUACGUGUGACUGGCCUACAGGGUGCACAGAGAGCUAAAGUCACACACAUGGACAUAAAUACCAGAGCAGACUCAGAAUUAACACAGACGACAAAAAGAAACCCAGCUUUCUAUUGACUCAACCUCUCUACUGAUCGGAGACCACACCCCUUCAUUCUGAGGCACAAGGAGAUGGGACACACCACUCAAGGCUUUCAUUGAGGCGGGAUGGCACCCGGUAUUUGACACGGGCCAAACCCACCUUUUGCCUUGGUUGCUGGUUCCCCCUUUAAGAAAGGACAAACCACUCGGGUGGGUGGGAAGGGUUUGUAUAACUGGAAAAAUAUGGAUUUCUGACGUUUUUGUUCAGGAGAUUAUGGAAAGUCAGGCUCAUAUGUGCUGGUUGCAUGAACUUGGAUUCAGGAUCUGGGGGUUGAAACGUGGUUUUCUGUUGGCACUGAGGAAGGGGUGUCUUCUCCUGAUGCCGUCUACUAAGUGUUUGUUACAUAUGCAGCAACCAACCUUUGGUUAAUGGACACUGUCGUGACAUCAACUGCUCAAGGAUGGGUCAUUUUGGUUCUGCUGUCCAGCACUUGGUUGUAGCCCGUGGGUGGGGCUUCUGUUGAGGUGGAGCCACAGCUGCCUCUUUGUGGAAUGUCCUUAUUUUGUCCCCCACCUGUUCCCCUAUCUCCUUCUCUCUUAUACUCCCCCCUCUUUCUUCCUUUUUAUCCAAAACUUCACUCCCCCCACCCCCUCAGGGGGUCUGGCGCCCUCUACUUUUGAGAAAAAGUGAUGCUUUUUUGCGAUUUUUAUUUCUUUCUCUACUUUUUCUCUUUGCUCAGCUGUUGUGCAGGUAAUGCAUGAUGGGUGGGGGGGCGGGGGUGGGGUUGGGGGGGGGACGGGAGGUCGAUUAGUUUUCAGUUCUGCUCUUUAUUAUUCUGUGGACCAAUUCCAGCAGGGGUUUGGGUAAAGGGGGAAGGGAUUUGGAGGGGAAAGGAGAAUAGGAACAGGGCACCAAUUGCAAUUAGUUUUAUUUGACUUUUUAAGAUCAUGAAAUACAAAAGUGCUGGAGACCAAGCGCUGGCUGUUGCACUCACGCGAAUGGCUUGGAUUUCUCUCAGGAUGACGAACAGCUGGAGGGGCCCCAAUGAUUGAAUGUGUUUGGAUGUCAUUGGCCGUCCCCUGUCCAGUCAGAUAGAUGAGCUACAGUGGAGUGGUCUUCAGAUGGAGGUUUUAGGAAGUUUGGAGAUGACGGUGCGAGGGAUUUCAUGUUGCCCUGAAGCACAGAUCUAAUAUCAGUUGAUUUAAAUCAAACAAAGUGACUGAAUUUGAUGCAGAUAUAAUUUACCCGUAAAAGUAACAGCCCAGAAUCCAGAUCAAUGUUAUUCUGCCUUCGUCUUGUACACAUUGUGCACAAACAUGAAUGAGUUAAACACAGUGUA